CUUUCUUCCUGGAUGAAAACUAAGGGCGUGGCUUUAUCCCCCCCUGAGGCACACACCUGUAACCGAAAACGAUUAAAGGACGCUGCUGGCGGCGUCCAUUUUAAUCUACAACUCAGAUUACAAAAUGGUGGAACAAGCGCAUGAAGCAGGCAGUGCUAUUUCCCCCCAGGCUGGACCUAGUGAGGUGGAAAAUAACACGCCUUCUGACAUCGACAUGAGUGGAACAGCUGCUCGGCUCAUCGGCCGUCGGCUGGCUCAGAUCGGGGAUGAAAUGAACAGCAGGUGGAGCGAGAAACUCCCCAACCAUUGGCAACGACAUCAGCACUGGCAGGCACAUGCUAAUGUGCUGAACUUGCGAGCUUUCAAUGGGAGGAUCGUUGGCAGUCUUUGGUGGUCUAAGAUCAUGCCGAUGGUGAAGGCACCCUGGGUGGUUCCACAGCUGCACACUCAAGCCUGCCAGACAGCUAUGACGUGGAUCCGCUGUGUCUCGCACUUUCCUGACUGGUCUAGGACCAAAUGUUUUCUGGCUUCUGCUGUCCUGCUGGCCGCUGCAGCUGCCUUUAUAGCAACUUGGAAAAUGUCGGAGAGUUAGGAAUCACCCAGAAAAGAGCCAAGAGCAGGUCUUCAGCUCAACAGAAAUCAUGUUUUUUUAAUAUAAUUUUUUAUGAUUCUUUUCUAAGUGAUUGUAACCGAAGUGCUGGUUCACAGAGAAGUUUUUGUAAGUUGUUUGAUGCUGAUGUUGGUUUACAGUAGGGUCUGUUGCUGGUUAAUUGGGCCGUGUUCAUUCUCAUACUUCUUCUAAACGCAUUUCUGCACUACUUAAGGAAGCUGGACUUUCAGUUCCAUUUUUUCCCACAUAAACAAUAAACAUAUCUUUGCUGUGAA